CUUGGAUGUCGACGCCUUCUUCGCGCUCCGACGCCUCCUCAACGAACAGGCCAGACACUUGAGAGCAAAGGCACUGGUAGUGCAUUGUGGCACCCAAGGACACAUUGCAUCUUUGUACUUUUGCAUCCCUGACAUCCAGACUACAAUACACUCAGAUUCGAUUCCAACUCGUGCCCACCAACAUGUCGAUCAAAACCACCUUGUGACCCUACGCCUCUUUAAGCCCCCUUAGGGAGAUUCAUUGUCUGGAACGAGACUUGGCCUCGUUCUGGUGAGAUCAUUGGCAGCAUGAAUGUGCUAUUCAAUUCUGCAUUGAAGCAGUCAACUGCUGUCCGUCGAGAUCUCGAAACAUUUGCCCAAGCACCUGCAACCGCAUCUCCGGCUCUUCAAGGCCAGAUAUCUACCAGCCUCCAGAGUUUCUCCCGCAUCCUCGAGGACUACCAAAACCUGUCGCGGAACGAACUCAACGAAGAGAAGAAGGAAAAGGCCCUCGAGAGGCUAAAGAAUUUUCGCGCAGAUUUAUCCUCGUACCGCGCGCAGUUUGACCAACUCAAGAAGGAGAGGGAAGGAGCAGUGCAGUCCAACAACCGUAGUGAAUUGCUUGGAAGACGACCUCACCAUACUGCUACCCCAGAAAAUCCAUACGCUCACGCCUCCAGUCAAAGCGCCUUCGCGCCAGCGCAUCGGGGCACACAGGACGGCUUGUCAUUUGGGGCGGGCCCCGACGAAUACACUCGAGAAGACCAUGCUCUACGCGAACAGAAUUUUUUCGGCGCUGCCAACUCCCAAAUCGAUGAAUUUCUUGAUCGUGGGCGAGCCGUGUUGGGCGACCUAGCCCAACAACGGGAGAUUCUCAAAGGCACUCAGAAAAGGCUCUACAGCGUUGCCAACACCCUAGGAGUCAGUGGUGACACCAUCCGCAUGGUGGAGAGGCGAGCCAAACAAGACAAAUGGAUCUUUUGGGGAGGCGCCAUCGCGUUCUUCCUCCUUUGUUUUGUCGUCAUCUACUAUCUGAAGUGAUAUGUCGUGAUAGGUUGGAUACCAUGCAUUGUAUCGGAUACGGUACUCUAGGUCUACCUCGACACUCCCCUAUGAGCCCGCCACAGAACAUAAACCACAGCUUCGCCGGGCAGCGCCAGAACAUUUCGAGCCAAAGUUUCCACUGGACCAGCUCGCAUAUUGCCGUCCUGACUUGUACGACAUAGUGUGUGCAGACCGACGUCAUUAUUAAAUACGCGUUCAUCAGUCAGCAGGACAAGCAAUGGCGUCGGAGAGGGAAUAAAUACGUCCAGGGGGCGGUAGAUCUGAGCCGGGCAUUACGGAGUUCAUUCCCCGCCACUGCGGCACUGCCUGGGCCCGGCGUCAGAUAUAGCAACACCAGUCGUUGGUGCAAGCAAGAUAGAUCCAAGGUCGGCAUCCCUGGCACGUGUCAGGACCUCAAGGAAUACUCCGUACAAUAAUAAAAAUCCAGUACGUGGGCCAUUAUUGCA